GCGAACGAGUUUCGGGUGUUCAGCUGCUGUCCUCCGUAGAACGUUUCGCCGCCGUUCAGUUGUGGCUCAGAAUCAGUUUGUUUUCUGUCGUUACCUUAAUGACAUAACCUGGCAUUGAUGGUGAUGCAUGCUAGGAAACUUCCCCGGCUGAGUGAUGGUUACAGUGCAAAGUCCGGGUAUGACGAGAUGCUGGUGCACGGCUCGCCCAACGGCAAGGCGGGCUUCGCGCGCAGCAUCAGUCCGGACUCGCGCAGCCAGAGUCCGCGCUACCCCAGCAAGUCGUCCUACCACCGCGACAGCCGACUCAAGGACUACAGGGACCACCGAGACUACCGCGACAGGGACAGGCAUAGAGGCACAGAAGCAGCCCCCGCGACCGGGACCGGGACCGGGACCGAGACCGCUACAGAGACCGGGACCGGGACCGGGAACGGGACCGUGAGAGGGACGGAGGCCGGUCCUACGAGCGCGCCGACCGGGACCGGUCCGAGGCUCGCCGAGAUGAUCGGCCGUCGCGAGUGGGGCCCUGGACUGAGCACGUCUCGUCGUCCGGCAAGAAGUACUAUUACAACUCGACGACGGAGGUGUCGCAGUGGGACAAGCCGCGCGAGUGGUUGGACGCCGAGCGGCGCGACUACCGGGACGGCGAGGCCGGCUCGCAGCGAGCCGCCUCCAGCGCCGCCUCUGCCGCACCGCCCGACGCCAAGCCAGCGGCCGUGCGCGGUGGCUACGAGCGCGUGGGCGGCGGCGGUGGCGGCGCCCGGCGCGACUCGGUGGGCGAGCGUGAGCCGCGGCCGCACCGGGAUCGCGCCGAGCACCGCGAGCGCGUGCGCCGCCGCUCCGACGAGCCGCGCACCAACGGUCAGGCACAGCAGGACAUGGAGAUCUCGUCUGGCGACAGCACGCCGACGGAGGAGUCCGCCGGCGGCCUGGCGGAGGCGGCGGCGCCACGGCUGGCCGGCCUGACGGCCGUCAGUCUGGCGGCGGCGCUGCCACGCCUGCUGCAGCCGGCCGCCGACGGCGCGCCGCCGCCCGACGACGAUCGCGGCCCGCCCACGCCCACCCUCUCCGAGCCGGUCGACACGCCCGACCGACGCACCGACCCAGUGGUGAGCCCGUGCAGCAGCAUCAGCAGCCUGCAGCAGACGAGCCUGGCGGCGCUGCGGCCGACCAUGCCGCAGCUGACGCCGUCGCACGCCCAGUACUACAGCGAGCACCUGAUCCAGCACGUCGUCCAGUGGCCGGCCACCGUGAUGGAGAAACAGGCCAACCGGACCAACGAGGAGGCGUGCCACGUGGCGAGCCUGCUGAUGACCAAGGCGGCCACUGACCUGAAGAUGGCCCGCUCGCUGGUGCGGCUCGCCGAGAUCCAGGCUACGCUACAGGAACAAAGAAUUCUCUUCCUGCGGCAGCAGAUUCACGAGCUGGACGAGCUGAAGUCGCAGAACUCGUUCAUGUCGGACACCUAGCGGCGGCCGCGGCACCCGUCUGCCCAACCUUGUGAUAGCCGCCGCCUCACAUUCCACAGACCACCCUCCUCCCACUCUCUCAGGGGCGACCAGCCGCAUGCGUUUUUAGCUUUUAUCUGGUCUUCGACGCUGUGUCUUAGUUCACUUUACGCUGGCGUUCCUGAUUGUUGUGUGUCGCUCCGCGGUACUUGAGCCGCCUCUCGGACCCGAUAGAUGUCACCGCUGGUGGCCGGCGCCCCGUCCGGCACUUCCGAUGUCUGUGGCUGCUGUCGGCCGGCCCGACACUAGGUGGCGGCCGGCCCUCCCGGCCCGACACCUAUUUAUUCAGGGGCUGCGCGGCGCGCGCGCGCGCGCGCGGCUGGGUGUCUGUGUAAUGUUUGUACAGCUGUGUGCGUGUCCUGCUCGGGUACACUGUGUAAUGUACGGCAUGGUUGCGGUCAAUUCCACUGAGAAACAGAUGACGAAUAAAACAAUUAUGUGAAAUGUUUA